GAUUGGAGGAAAUAACUUUAAAGCUGCACCAGAUCCAGAAAUGUUAAGAAUUUACCUGAGCUUGUGUUUGGUUCUGAAGACAGUUCAUCUUAACCUUUACUGAUUGUUCAAGUGUUACUAUAGAGCAGCAAAAUUGGUGUAUUGAGUGUCUAAUUUCCACCAAAUAAGCUGCCUUCUACACACCUCUGUUUAUUCCCCUGAUUAGACUUGAUGAAGUCAGUGAGGGAAGUCAUAGAUAAUGUUAAAUGGAAGAUGGCCAUGGAGGCCGAGCAUGUGAUGAGAAAAAUACCAGCUUCAUGUGACCCAUGGCUAAGGAGCGGCUCAGAGACAGUCACCCGUUUGUGUUGUUUUCUUCAGUCAGCACUAAACCAGAGAGGACUGUUUACCCGUCAGAUUCACAUCCUUCUGGAUGAAGCCACAGAGCUCAUAAUGCACAGCAUUAAGACAGUAGAGACUCAAGUUCCUUUUCUCAAAGAGAGCUUCUUCACCAGCACUUUCAAAGGCAGGAGAAAGAGCAGCAUGACCCACAUCCUCCAUAAGCAGAACUCACUUUUUCAUCAACAGGCGUGCAUUCUAGAGCACCAGCAGUACAGUCCAAAGCAGCUUCUUCCCAGCACAGAUGAAAAUGGAGCCAGACGGCACACUCCAGAGCAUCAACGGCUUGCCCGCUCGAUCAGCAGCCCAUUAUGCAAGCCAGCGGAGUCUGCACAAGCAUACGAGACUGGAAAGGAGGGGCAAAACGAGAGAAAGGAUCAGAGACUGAGUGAAGCUGCGAAAGGGAGGAGGGGAGAGCCCGUAGCUGUCAGUUCCAGUCUCCUCCUCCUUUCAUCAUCAGCGACACUGGGAGAGCCAGCGUCAUCCUCUCAGCUGCUUUCAACUGUGGUGGGCAGACAGCGGGGAUUAUCCAGCUCUGAGAGAGGUUUUACCACUCAAGAACCUACAUCAGUAGAAGCCCAAGGGGAAACCCAGCAUGCCCAACCUCGACCUCAACAUCACGGCCUCUUAGCCAAGGGUGUGCGCCUGCUCAAAAACAUGGGUAACCAGGAGACCAAGCAGAAGAAAGGAGGAGGAAGUGGAGCAGCAGGAUUUGUGGGAUGUGAGGGUGAGACUGAUGAAAGAGAAGUGGAUAAGCAUUCGAAAAAGUCUCAUGGUAAGCUUGGAAAAGGAGAACACAAGAAGAAAUCAAAGCCAGAGUUGAAGGGUUCCAUGUUUUCUGGCAUGAAGAUAAGGAAAAGUUUAUCCAAAGUGAAAGGAUUGUCCAAAGAUGACAUGUUGGAUGAUGGGAGAUCAGCACAAGGUAGUCAUGGUGAGUUCAAGUCUAGUGCAGAGGAUGGCCAGUCUCCUGAAUCGAUGCUAUCAGACAUCGAAGCCGAUCUUAGUCACUUGACUGUAGACGAUCACCAGUCUAUGGAGGAAUUUGGUAGGAAGACAAGCUCAGGAUCGGAUGCUGACCUUUAUAGUUUUCACUCUGCAACAGCUGAAACUGAAGAUCUGCUUUCUGACAUCCAACAAGCCAUUCAGGACCAACGUAUAGCCAGCAACAGGGUACUAGGAACAGUUCCCAGAUCUUUGUCUGAGGGGUCAACCUCUGAGGUGAGUGAAGUAUUUGAGCUCAGAGUAUCUCCCAAACCAUGUAUUGUGGGCCGAGGUCUGUUCUCUCCUCCUGUUGGGGAUGUAAACAAAACUCAGCAACCUGAAUGUGAGAAAAGAGAGAACGACAGUAGCAACAGACCCGUGCUACGGAAAUCCUCAAGUGAAAGUGGUCCGUCCUCUGCUCCAGACACUGAGUGGAGCAGUGGCAGUGUUUUUCCCAAAACUAACAGCACCUACAGCUUCCAGGACACGGCCACCACCACCUCAUACGAGAGUGCUGAGGAGCACCAAGAGGACCUGGAUAGCCCUGAUCCUAAUCCACAGCUGAGUCUAGAUGGCUUUGCUGCUGAAAGCAACCGCUCAUGUGUGCCAAGUGUCCGUUUGGAUCUUGUACUGCCAGAGGCAGACUCAGUCGGGCCUCACAAGAGUGCAAGCAGUCUGGAUCUUUCCACUGAGAGGGAUGAAGAUGAAAGUGUGAAUCGGGACUUUUUGUCCCUUAGACAGAGGAAGAGUAGCAUGUCGUUCAACCAGCUGACAGCAGACAGCCCAGCUGCUUCUCUGUCUAGACGGGCGUCUGCAACCUCCAACUCUACUGUCAAACUUUACCCUCCUGUCCACCCAUCCUAUGUCAAAACCACCACCAGGCAGCUCACUUCUCCAAUUGGUUCUCCCCUUACAAGCCCCAACGUACCAAGGAAAACCGAUAUCACCCUUGCUUCAUUAGAAUCCAGCGAAGGCCAAGAGUUUGGAAGGCGGAAGCAGAGGUCUAGCUCCAUUGCUGGACUCCACAGUGCCUCUGUCGCGCUAGAAGAGUUGGGAGAACAACACACUGGUGUUGCCAAAUUCCCAGAGCUGGAAACCCCAGAGAAGAAUUCCACAGGCAUUGGAAAUUAUUGGACUUUGGGCUCCAAGAGAGCACGGUAUGGAAGGAAAGCCUCCACUUCUGCAGCACCCUACCUGGAUGUCUUCUCUGGUCGCACGCUGUUGGACAGGCUUUGUUUGUUUCAUGGUGACGGGUCUGCAGAGGAGGAGGCGAGGGAAUUGUGUCACCGCAUGCUGGAUCAUGGUCUGCUGCACCCCUUUAGUGACAGCACCACAGAACAUCACAGUGACGGGACAGUCUCUGCAGUGUUCACCGAGGAGCAGCUCUACACCUGGGCGUCUGUUGGCCUCCCAGUUUCCUCCAACUUGUGGGAGCUCUAUGGAGGGCGAUCUACAGGCCGAGGUCUGAGAUCCCCUUUGCAUCGAUCAAUGUCCAAGACUACUGGAGGGCUUCACUUUCAGACAGAAUCCAGCAGGUUGAAGGUGGCAGGACAGUCGUCCCCUGAGGAUGAAAGUGGUCUAAUCCCUCAGCUGGAGAGGACAAUCGAUGACUUGAAGAAUAAAAUUGCUGCGUUGCAGAGCCAGCAGGCCUCCUUGGCAGAGAGCAAUGAGGAUAAGAUGGGAGCGCUGGGAAAUGCCUCUGAAGGGACGUUGAAAAUGAGGAGAGAAAAGCUGGGGAUGCUGUGCCAGGAGGCAUCUGUCCAGACGUCCCCUGUGGAUGAGAGGGUCAAAUUUGAAGUGACAUUUAAUGAAGGACCGUACCGCCUGGGUUCUGAGAAGGGCUUUGUCUGCACUUGCCCAAAAAAGCUGCAGGGUAGCAUCCAUCCAGGUCCUCCACCUCUGCCUCUCCCAUUAAUUUCAGGUUGUUUGCCUCCACCUCCUCCACCACCUUUCCCCCCUCAAUCCAUAUCUGGCAUGGGACCACGUCCUCCUCCUCCUCCACCACCACCUCCCCCUCCACCACCAGGUUUUGGCCCUCCUCCUCCUCCUCCUCCUCCACCUGGUUUCGCACCUCCACCACCACCUCCUCCUCCACCAGGAAUGGGCCCCCCUCCUCCACCCCCAGCUCCAGGCUUUGGCUUUCGACCUCCUCCGACAGCUCAGGAAGCCGUCCCUGCCAAACCUGUGAUAGAGCCCCCCAAGCCAAUGAAGCCACUCUACUGGACCCGCAUCCAGCUGCACACGAAGAAAAACACCUCACCACUGGUGUGGGAAACAAUCGAUGAACCAGCUGUAGAGUUUGGAGAAUUUGUGGAGUUGUUCGCCAAAGGUGCUGUGAAAGAAAAGAAGAAGCCAAUUUCAGACACAAUCAGCAAGGCAAAAACCAAACAGGUGGUGAAACUGUUGAGCAACAAACGGUCACAGGCCGUUGGAAUCCUGAUGUCCAGCAUCCAUCUAGACAUGAAGGACAUCCAGAAUGCUGUCCUAAAUAUGGACAACACCGUUGUGGAUCUGGAGACCCUGCAAGCACUUUAUGAAAACAGAGCUCAAGCAGAAGAGAUAGAUGGUAUUAAAAAGCACGUGGAGUCGACCAAAGACAAGGAGGAUGCCAAGCCUUUGGACAAGCCAGAACAGUUUCUGCACCAGUUAUCACAAAUCUCUCACUUCUCUGAACGGGUGUUUUGCAUACUUUUCCAAUCGACCUUCCAUGAGUGCAUCACCUUAAUCCUGCGCAAAAUGGAAAUUCUGCAGAGGGUGUGCAAGACUCUCCAAAGCAGUAAGGGCGUGUUGCAGGUUCUUGGCCUGGUGUUGGCUUUUGGCAACUUUAUGAAUGGAGGGAAUCGGUCUCGAGGGCAGGCGGACGGCUUCACCUUGGACAUUCUGCCAAAACUCAAAGAUGUUAAAAGCAGCGAUAACUCCAUGAGUCUUUUGUCCUACAUUGUUGCUUACUAUCUGAGGCACUUUGAUGAGGAUGCUGGCAGAGAGACGUGUGCCUACCCUCUGCCUGAGCCCCAGGACCUUUUUCAAGCCUCCCAAAUGAAGUUUGAGGAUUUUCAAAGAGAUCUACGCAAGCUGAGGAAAGAUCUAAAUGCAUGCUCAGCUGAAACAGAAAAAGUUUACAAGUUGUCCUCUGAAGAAAACCUGCAGCCAUUCAAGGGGAAGAUGGAGGAAUUUCUAAAUCACGCCAAACUGGAGCUCGAAACACAAGAAAAGCAGCUGGCAGACACUCAGAAGAUUUUUUUGGGGCUUAGUGUGUCCUUCUCAGUAAAACCAAAAGCAGGGGAGAAAGACGUUUCUCUGAACACAUUCUUCUCCAUUUGGCACGAGUUUUCUACAGAUUUUAAAGAACAGUGGAAGAAGCAGAAUAAGCUAAUGCUACAGCAACGGGUGAAAAAGGCUGAAGAGUGCUUCAAGCAAGCCAGACAGAAGCCUGAUUACAACGUAAUGCCAAAAAAUACCACCGGAAUAAAAGCAAAGCUGGGUAAGAAGAUCUGAAAGAGAAUUUGAUAAUCAUCUCCAAGCCUGCUGCACAAGCACAAUCUGUCACAGCUAACCAGUGAUUUUAAACAUUUGUCUCCACCAUUGUUUGUCCUGGGAGGCUCUUUUUAUUCUCUGUCUCCAAAAAAAAAAAAAGUUUGCAUUUUAAAACAAAACACUGCAACCCAAUGAAAUCCUUGGAGGCACUUUAUUUUAAAAUGUUUUUAUGUCUAAGCUUGAGUAUUUUAUUUAUUUUUAUAAGUUAUGUGUUUGUGUCUUUUUAACUGCUAUUAAAUUUACACUUGAUGGUGAUGAGAAGCACAUCUAUUACAUUUCUAUAGUAGACGCAGUGCCUUAUAGAACAGUGACAAAGUGUGUUGAACAGUCAGAUUAUUUUGACACUAACUGCAAAAAUUGAUCUUGAAAAAUGUUAUGCACAAAGGGUAACAUGGUUGGAUUUCUGAUGUCAUUGUGUUUCAGUAUCUGUUACUAAUUAAACUAUUAAACUAUCUAAUCCAAGGUUUUAUAUUUUUGUGAUGAGGUUUGAUACGUUCUCUCUACAGUUCAGCUGUAUUUUUGAUAUUGUUGUACAAGCAAAAUCCCAUGCAGGCAAACGGUCUCUCCAGCUGUGCAAAAGUGUGAAUUUCAGUUUUUUAUGUGCAAUGUCAACAACUGUUUUGAUUCAAUAUCCUUGACCAUAAAAAUAUACAUAUUCAAUAAAAC